GAAACAACUUUUCUGUGUCAAUAUAUAUUGACAUGAUGUCUUCUUCUUCUUUGUGCUUGCUAUUUGUUCGUUCCUAACACGUACCCUUCAAACUGCAAGUCAUAUGCAAAUAAACUAAUCAACAAUUUUAAUCUUUCUUUUCUUCUUCUUCUCCCUCUUACUUUUCUAGUGAGAAAAACGAAGCUUAGAAACCAAAUCCUAAAUAAACUUGUUUUGCAUUUCGACAAGGCAUUUUUUCUGACUCGAUUCUGGGUUUCUUCUGAUCACUUCACCAGUUCACUGGUUUGAAUACAAGAGCAAGAUGGAGGAUUUAUGGACUAUGUUUUGUGGGGAAUCUGAUUGUUCAGAUAGAUAUGGAAAGCCCUGUGAUUCGGCUUUGUGGCAUUUCAUUAAUCCUUUUUCCUGCAUUAAUCAGUCCAUGAUAAUUUGUUUCGAUAUCCUCCUAUUACUAAUGCUCUUGUUCAACAUGGUUCAGAAACCAUCACCGAAAACAGUUGGCAUCCCUGCGCGCUUUCGAAACCGUUCUUUGCAAAUAGCUUCUGCUAUUGUUAACGGUGGUAUUGGAUUGGUGUACUUGUGCUUUGGCAUUUGGAUUUUGGAAGAGAAGUUGAGGAAAACACAAACUGUUUUGCCUUUGAAUUGGUGGGUGCUGGCACUGUUUCAGGGUUCCACAUGGUUAUUGGUGGGUUUAACUGUGAGCCUCAGGGGUAACCAGUUUCGUAGGACACCGAUUCAAUUACUGUCAAUUCUCGCUAUCAUAUAUGCAGUAAUAGUUUGUGUGUUGUCCCUUUUUGCUGUUAUUCUGAGCGGAAUAGUGAAGACAAAAAUAUUUUUGGAUGCUCUGUCAUUACCUGGAGCCAUAUUGUUGCUGUUUUGUGCUUACAAGGGAUAUAAGUAUGGAGAUGGUGAUCAGAAAACAGAUGAAAGUGACCUUUAUGACCAUUUAGUUGCAGAGGCCAAUGGUAGUACCAAAGAUGAUAAAACCGUGCAGGUUACCCCAUUUGCUACGGCUGGAUGCUUUAGCAAAUUCUCCUUUUGGUGGUUGAAUCCUUUGAUGAAGAAAGGUAGGGAGAAAACUUUGACCGAAGAAGAUAUGCCCAAGUUAAGUGAGGCGGAGAGAGCUGACAGCUGCUACUUGUUGUUCUUGGAGCUAUUGAACAAGCAAAAGCAAGCCAACCCAUCAUCACAGCCAUCCAUUUUGAAGACCAUAAUAAUAUGCCACUGGAGAGAGAUUCUUGUGUCUGGAUUUUUUGCUUUUCUUAAGAUACUCACGCUGUCCGCAGGUCCUCUGAUCCUUAACUCUUUCAUUUUGGUAGCUGAGGGACAUGAAAGUUUUGAAUAUGAAGGCUAUCUAUUGGCCAUAUCACUCUUCUGUGCAAAAUGUAUUGAAUCCCUGUCACAAAGACAGUGGUAUUUUCGAGUCAGACUAAUUGGUCUAAAAAUAAGGUCUUUACUCACAGCAGCUAUAUAUAAGAAGCAACUGAGAUUAUCCAAUGCUGCAAGGUCAAUGCACUCGAGUGGUGAGAUAACAAAUUAUGUUACUGUGGAUGCUUAUAGGAUCGGUGAAUUUCCUUUCUGGUUCCAUCAGACAUGGACAACAAGCCUUCAGCUGUGCAUCGCUCUAGUGAUUCUCUUCCGUGCAGUGGGACUAGCCACGUUUGCGGCCCUAAUUGUUAUCAUCCUCACUGUCAUAUGCAAUGCUCCACUGGCCAAGUUACAGCACAAGUUUCAAAGAAACUUGAUGGUUUCACAAGAUGAGAGACUUAAGGCUAGUUCUGAGGCUCUUAUAAACAUGAAGGUGCUGAAGCUAUAUGCAUGGGAGAGCCAUUUUAAGAAAGUUAUAGAAAAAUUUAGGGCUGUGGAAUACAAGUGGUUACAAGCAGUGCAGUUGCGAAAAGCAUAUAAUAGUUUUCUGUUUUGGUCUUCCCCUGUUUUGGUCUCUGCUGCUACCUUUGGGGCAUGUUAUUUCUUGAAUAUUCCUCUGCAUGCUAGUAAUGUCUUCACUUUUGUGGCCACACUUCGUCUUGUCCAGGAUCCUAUUAGAGCUAUACCUGAUGUUAUUGGGAUAGUUAUUCAAGCAAAGGUGGCAUUUGCUCGUGUUUUGAAGUUCCUUGAGGCACCAGAGCUGCAGAGUGGAAAUGUCCGGAAAAAACGCCAUAUGGAGAAUGGCGACUUAGCCAUUUCUAUUAAAUCAGGAGGGUUUUCCUGGGAAGAGAAUGCUUCAAAACCCACUCUAAGGGACAUAACUUUAGAGGUUAGGAUGGGGGAAAAAGUGGCUGUAUGUGGAGAAGUUGGCUCCGGUAAAUCAACCUUGUUGGCCGCAAUACUUGGAGAAGUUCCUAACGUCCAAGGAUCUAUUCAAGUAUUUGGAAAGAUUGCCUAUGUUUCUCAAACAGCCUGGAUCCAGACAGGAACGAUACAAGAUAACAUAUUAUUUGGAUCUGCCAUGGAUAAGCAACGAUAUGAAGAAACGCUUGAAAGGUGUUCCUUGGUGAAGGACCUUGAAUUAUUUCCGUAUGGUGAUCAAACUGAAAUUGGUGAAAGAGGAGUCAAUCUUAGUGGUGGCCAGAAGCAACGAAUUCAACUUGCUCGCGCUCUCUAUCAGGAUGCUGAUAUAUAUCUCUUGGAUGAUCCAUUCAGUGCUGUGGACGCUCACACUGCUACAAGUUUAUUUAAUGAAUAUGUUAUGGAAGCACUUGCGUCAAAGGCAGUUUUACUUGUGACUCAUCAAGUUGAUUUCCUACCUGCUUUUGAUUCUGUUUUGUUAAUGUCAGACGGGGAGAUCCUUCAAGCAGCUUCUUAUCACCAUUUAUUAGCUUCUAGUCAAGAAUUUCAGGACCUUGUUCAUGCACACAAAGAAACUGCCGGGGGUGGAAGAGCUGCUGAAGUCAACCCUGCCAAGGGACAUGGAACAUCCACUACAGAGAUCAAGAAGAGUUAUGUGGAAAAAGAGUUUAAAGAACCGGUGGGCGACCAACUGAUCAAGCAAGAAGAAAGGGAAAAAGGAGAUACGGGACUUAAGCCGUACUUACAGUACCUCAAUCAAAACAAAGGCUUUGUGUUCUUCUUCCUUUCUACUUUCUUUCACCUUUUGUUUGUGUGUGGUCAAAUAGCACAGAACUCUUGGAUGGCUGCCAAUGUUGAUAAUCCUAAUGUUAGCUCGUUGAAAUUGAUCACGGUUUACUUGGCAAUUGGAGUUUUCUCAACUCUAUUGUUGCUAUCUAGAUCUCUUUUCACAGUUACCUUGGGUAUGAGAUCUUCAAGAUCUCUAUUUUCGCAGCUACUAAAUUCCCUUUUCCGUGCUCCUAUGUCAUUUUAUGACUCCACUCCUCUUGGAAGAAUAUUAAGUCGGGUUUCUGUUGAUCUGAGCAUUGUUGAUCUUGAUGUACCAUUCAGCUUAAUAUUUGCUUUUGUGGCUACCUUAAAUACUUAUAGCAAUCUUGGAGUCCUGGCUGUUGUUACCUGGCAAGUCCUAUUUGUUUCGGUACCAAUGAUCUAUUUAACGAUUCGCUUACAGAACUAUUACUUUUCCACUGCAAAAGAGUUGAUGAGGAUAAAUGGCACAACUAAAUCCUUGGUUGCAAACCAUCUGGCUGAGUCAAUAGCAGGAGCCGUCACAAUAAGGGCUUUUGAAGAGGAAGAACGGUUCUUUGCUACGAGCCUUGACCUCAUUGACACUAAUGCUAGUCCUUUCUUCCACAGUUUUACAGCAAAUGAAUGGUUGAUUCAGCGGUUAGAGACACUUAGUGCGUUUGUUCUGGCCUCUGCUGCACUCUGCAUGGUUUUGCUUCCUCCUGGGACUUUCAGUUCCGGAUUCAUCGGCAUGGCUCUUUCUUAUGGCCUUUCGUUGAAUAUGUCUCUUGUGUUUUCAAUUCAAAACCAGUGCACCAUAGCGAAUUAUAUCAUUUCUGUAGAAAGGCUUAACCAAUACAUGGAUAUACCAAGUGAAGCCCCUGAAGUGAUAGAGGAGAAUCGUCCUCCAUCCAGUUGGCCUGCUGUGGGUAAAGUUGAGAUCCGUGAUUUGCAGAUCAGAUAUCGACCGGAUGCACCAUUAGUUCUUCGAGGAAUCAGUUGCACAUUUCAAGGAGGGCACAAAAUCGGUAUUGUUGGUCGAACUGGCAGUGGGAAGACAACUCUUAUCAGUGCUUUAUUCCGUCUGGUUGAGCCUGCCAGAGGGAAGAUUUUAGUUGAUGGCAUUGACAUCUGUACUAUUGGCCUACACGAUCUGAGGUCACGUUUCGGAAUAAUACCUCAGGAUCCUACCCUUUUUAAUGGAACUGUGAGAUACAAUUUGGAUCCUCUAUCCCAACAUACUGACCAGGAGAUAUGGGAGGUUCUUGACAAGUGCCAACUUCGAGAAGCCGUUCAGGAAAAAGAAGAUGGACUGGACUCCUUAGUUGUGGAAGAUGGAUUGAAUUGGAGCAUGGGGCAAAGGCAAUUAUUUUGUUUGGGGCGUGCUCUCUUGAGGAGAAGUCGAGUAUUGGUGCUCGAUGAAGCUACUGCAUCAAUUGAUAACGCAACGGACUUGAUUUUACAGAAAACCAUUCGCACCGAAUUCGCAGAUUGUACUGUCAUUACAGUUGCACACAGGAUACCGACAGUUAUGGAUUGCACAAUGGUAUUGGCGAUCAGCGAUGGCAAACUCGUGGAAUAUGACGAGCCAACAAAAUUGAUACAGAGAGAAGGCUCAUUGUUCGGGCAACUCGUGCAGGAAUACUGGUCCCAUUAUCAUUCUGCAGAGUCGCAUUGAAGUUUGCAAUUUCCCCGUAACCGAAACUCGCUUUCACCCCCUCCCUCCCUUUGCUUGGUUGAAAGAAGGGAAAAUAAGUAGGAUGUGUGGAUCAAAUAUGUUAUUGGGUUUUAGGGGGAGCGUAAGUUCUUGUUUCAGAGGAACCACAAUACGAGACAAGGGGAAGCUGGAGCAAGCAGAAGAGAAGAUGACAUUUCAAGAGAUCAAUUAUGGGUCUUUUAGCAUCAUUAUUCCUUGUUUCUCAAGGCAAUGAUUGUUAAUUUUGCCUUGUCUUUUCAUUUUGAAACAAUAUGUAAUUUUGAAUAGCUAAAGCUGAGUUAUUCAGUAGAACUCAAUAUAUAUAUAUAUAUAUAUAUA